AUGUCAAUCGAAAGUGAAUGUCUUGAACUUAUUAGUAGUAAGGGUGCUAAGUUUAUGUUGGCGGCUCAAAGAUACCGAGUAAUGCUAUUGGAAUCUCAGAAACCAACCAAAUCUUCUGACGUAAUUCUUUCUUAUUUCUUGCUUAGUUUACUGGUGGAGUGUGAUAGUCGGCGGUUUUGUUUAGUACGGGCGAGUUUACAGAGUUUGUUAGAACAGCAGGACUUGCCUUGUGUACGUGUGCUAGAUGGUUUGUGGCAGGCAGGUCUCUUAGGAGACAUUCCACAGAUGAAACACUUGGUGAAUGCUUUGCCGGCUAGUCACCAUGAACUGGGUGAAAGAGCGAUUGCUAAGCUGACUAAUUCAGAGACUGAGCAGGAGAGUUGUCGGGCGGAAGAGAGAGAGGAAGGGAAGAUUCAAGGGGUGAUAAGAAUGUCCGAACUCUUCUUCCGGGUGUAA